AUGGCAUCAGCUUCUUCCCUGUCCAAGUGGCAGCAUGGGGCACAGGCUGCAGCCGAGGCACUCGAUACGAUCGAGAUUGACCCACAGAUCGCUCAGAGCUAUGGGUUCAAGGACGGAGCAACAGUCGAGAUAGGUCUUGUACACAACUUGCCGAUGGCUACCAACGUAGAGACCGAACCGUUAUCAGCCGACGACUGGGAGAUAUUGGAAACUCAUGCAGAUUACGUGGAACAAAAUCUGCUAGGGCAAGUCCGCGCAGUGGCAGUUGGCCAAGAAAUUAGUGUCUGGGCGCUAGGCCGUUCAAGAAUCCAAUUUCGAGUUGUGUCGAUAAAGCCCGAGGGCCAAGCUGUACUCUUGGGACCAGAUACCGAAGUGGCUAUUGCUCCUAAAUUGAGACCACCCCCUAAACCCUCGAGCGCGCAAAGCAAGAAACCUUCCCAGAACGAGUCUGCAGAUCUCCCGGCCAAUCAAGAUUCGCCUAUCAAAGCUACCGACUUGGCACCAUUGCCUUUGCGAGUAUUCCCCGCCCGGUUACUAGCAUCGCCAAUCCAUACAGGUGGGUAUUUUUGGUGUAUUGCAUCUCUGCGGACCUUGUUCAGGAGGAAAAAUCCAGACUCCGAGUACGAAGUUCACCUGUCCAAUGACGACUUUCAACGAUUGAAUUCCCAAAAUGACAAGACGCCAUGCACUCAUGCGUGGCUCGUUCGUGCUCGACCUCCUCGCUUAGUAAGGGAAUUCGAUAAACGCGGGAAGCCAGUGGAGAAAUCAGCACCAGCCCCUGUGUUACUAAAGCAAAACAAGCAAAAGGAUCAGCAAGUUGGAGAGAAGAAGCCAGUUCCUGGUGUGCUGGUGCGGGUCAAGGCGAACGAGGAAAUUAUUGCUGGACAUACUGUCGUGAUUGGUUUGGAGAGUAAGGUGGAAGAGUGGGACACUGUCCUACUUUCCCCUUCGGACGAACCGGAACAGUCUAGUCGAUCGAGUAGCCCAAAGCAAGUAGCACCUCCCGACGUUCAUCCCGCCGAGGACGAGAAAAAUGAACUUGCGGGCGUAGACACGAUACUUACCGAUUGCCACAACUUUUUCGUGCGCACGUUCAUGCAGAACGAGGCAUUCGGAAGAGCGGGUGGUCCUCACCUGCCUGGAUUAUUACUUCACGGCGCCCCCGGUUCCGGGAGGACAUCUGUAGCUCGAGCAGUUACCAAGAAACUCGAAUCUGAUCCGAGCAUACAUGCAUGUAUUGUCUAUGUUGACUUGGCGCAAAUGGCAGACCAGCAUACGUCUCUCCUACGAGACAAAUUUAAAAUAUGGCGGGCAGUUGCGGCGUGGAGACAGCCCUCGGUGCUUGUACUCGACAACCUGGACAAGGUGGUAUCAGCCGAGGUGGAGCACGCUGAUUCGUCUCGAGCACGACACCUUGCAGAGCAAUUUUUAGACGUUUUCGCUGAAUCACCGGCUCCGGGAGUAGCCUUGCUCGCGACUUGCCAAGGUCCAGCUGCGCUACAUCCACUCUUAACAACCUCGCACGUGUUUUCGCACAAAGUCCAGUUGCGUGCGCCGGACAAGGCCGCGAGAAGAGAUAUCAUUUCUCGUAUCGUGAACAGACGACUCGCCACUUCGGAUCUUUCCUCUGAUCCUGCGAAACCGCUCAAUUUUGUGGCACUCGCCACGGAUACCGAAGGAUACUCGGCCACAGAUUUGCAAGAUUUGGUGGGUCGAGCUGUUCAUGCUGCUGCCGUAAGAACUGCAGCCGACAACGCGAGUGGCGCUCCUGUGCUUCUCCCGUCCGACUUUGCCAAGGCACAAGAAGAUUUUGUCCCGCUUACAUUGCGCGGAGUAAAACUUCAUAAAUCAGAAGUGUCGUGGUCUGAUAUUGGCGGAUUACACGAGACUCGGCGUGUGCUCCGAGAAACACUCGAGUGGCCGACUAAAUACGGUGCAAUCUUUGCCAAGUGUCCGUUGAGACUUCGGUCCGGGUUGUUGCUGUACGGGUACCCUGGAUGUGGAAAGACGCUCCUCGCGUCGGCUGUAGCCAAGGAAUGCGGAUUGAAUUUUAUUAGCGUCAAGGGCCCUGAAUUAUUGAACAAGUACAUUGGACAGAGUGAACAGUUCGAGAUAUAUUCGACCGUGCGAGCGCAGCCAAGCCUUGCGUGCUCUUCCUGGACGAGUUUGAUUCAAUCGCUCCAAAGAGGCGAGUCUAUCCGGUUCUUCACCGCCACCACACCUAAUCUAGCCUUGGGCUGCUACAGAGGACAUGACAGCACAGGUGUCACAGACCGGGUGGUAAACCAGAUGCUGACACAAAUGGACGGCGCAGAGGGUUUGGAUGGGGUAUAUGUAUUAGCGGCCACAAGUCGUCCAGAUUUGAUUGACCCUGCGUUGUUGCGGCCUGGACGGUUGGACAAGUCGUUGUUGUGUCAUAUGCCGACUGUGGACGAGAGACAAGAGAUCUUGGAAGCCGUGUCCAGGAAAAUUGCGUUGGCUCCUGGUUUGGAUUUGAAAGAGGUUGCGCGCCGGACCGAAGGGUUUUCGGGAGCCGACUUGCAAGCGCUGGUAUACAAUGCACAGCUUGAAGUGGUGCAUGAAGAGCUGGCUGCCAAGACCCAGGAACUGACGGAAAGUCUAUCAAGCGAGCGAAAUGAGGACAGGGUCAAGGUGGAAGUUGUGGGCGGGGCAGUCAUGACGCGUGCGGAAACUGCAGCCCUGGAACGACGAGUGGCGACGAUGAUCGCUACGCGUGCCCCCAAAUCAGCGCGUAAAAAGGUCGGAGUAAGCGGCGAGAAAGUUAGGCAUCAGAUCACCCUGGGUCAUUUGGAACGUUCGUUGGAGAACCACCGUCCCUCGGUGUCGCCGGAAGAACGAUGGCGACUGCAGAUGAUAUACGACGCGUUCCAAUCGGAUCGGACCGGGGAACACAAGGUACCUCCUGGCUUGAGCGGUGUAGGGGAACGGGCGACGUUGGGAUAG